UGUUGUCGAAAAAACCCUCCUCCUCCUCCCCUCCGCGAGAUCAGCUUUAACUAGGCUCCACGGGCGCGUUCUCCCACGCUCGAUCCCAGCCGUCGGUUCCGCCAUGAUGAUGCUGGUGGACUGCUCCGGUUGCCGGACGCCGCUUCAGCUGCCGCCGGGGGCCACGUCCAUCCGCUGCGCCAUCUGCCAGGCCGUUACCCACAUCGCCGACCCCCGCGAGAUCCCACCUCCGGCCGGCUCCUCCGCUUCCUCCCACGGCGGCAGCUACGGCCCUCCGGCGCCGCCGUCGCCGCACGGGGCUCCGUGGGGCCCGCCGCCGUCGCCGCACGGGCGGAAGAAGGCGGUGAUCGUCGGGAUCUCGUACCGCUACUCGCGGCACGAGCUCAAGGGCUGCAUCAACGACGCCAAGUGCAUGCGCUACCUACUUGUCAACCGCUUCCACUUCCCUGAGGCUUCCAUCAUCAUGCUCACCGAAGAAGAAACCGAUCCAUACAGAAUUCCGACGAAACAAAACAUUAGGAUGGCUAUGUAUUGGCUUGUGCAAGGUUGUCAGCCAGGAGACUCGUUGGUGUUCCACUAUUCCGGCCAUGGUUCACAACAGAGGAGCUAUCAUGCUGACGAGGUUGAUGGAUAUGAUGAGACCCUAUGCCCGCUGGAUUUUGAAACGCAAGGAAUGAUUGUAGAUGAUGAAAUCAAUACUUCCAUUGUCCGACCACUUCCUCCUGGGGUUAGGCUUCAUGCUAUAAUAGAUGCUUGCCACAGUGGUACUGUUCUUGAUCUGCCAUUCCUAUGCAGAAUGAACAGGAGUGGUCAAUAUGUAUGGGAAGACCAUCGCCCAAGAUCUGGUGUUUGGAAAGGGACAAGCGGUGGGGAAGCCAUUUCUUUUAGUGGUUGUGAUGAUGAUCAAACCUCUGCUGAUACUUCGGCUCUUUCGAAGAUCACCUCAACAGGUGCGAUGACAUUCUGCUUUAUCCAAGCCAUUGAACGUGGUCAUGGAGCAACAUAUGGAAGUAUGCUGAAUUCCAUGCGAUCAACCAUCCGAAGCACUGAUGCAAUGGGUGGAGGUCCUGUUACAUCACUCAUCACCAUGCUGUUAACGGGGGGCAGUUUAAGUGGUGGUUUGAGACAGGAGCCACAGUUGACUGCUUGUGAAACAUUUGAUGUUUACAUGAAGCCAUUCUCUCUUUGAUCUGCAGUUUCUUCCUCUUCUGGUGAUUGUGUACAGCUAGUUGCAGUGAGGGGUUUACCAUCAUGGAGGGAAGCCCAAUCUUUCGUACAUUUUCUAGUAGCAAUGAAGGAUUUGGUUUCUGAAAUUCUUAAAAUUGUUGACUUCUAUACCUUAUUUGUAGAUAUGCGAUCUUAUGUUUAAGCGGGGUGUAAUUACACUAGUGUGAUUUAGCUGUUAUUGAAACAACCUUUUCCAAAAGGGAUUUGAGAAGCCUUCAUAAUUGAGAAGAACCUCUACCUUUCCUCCAUCAUGCAACAGAGAUCAUCCGAAAGGGCUGCUGGAAAACAAAAGAAACGAUGACAUAUAGAUUCGGCAUCAUAUUUUCGUAAAUUAUGUGUCUUUUUAUCCUGAAAUGAACUCUGCUAUUGGAAGCUUCUGGCUGCGGGUCUCGGUAUUGUUGUGAUCAAAUUUGGUCCCUUCGACCUGUCUGAGAAGACCUCUUUCUUUACAAAACCGGAGGUAUAUUUUGGUGGCCCCUACUAAUUAAUCAUGUUUUAAAUCAGUAAGCUUUCAUGUACCAAAAAUUUCAUCUCAUUUACUUCUAGAUCUAUAGAGAAAAAGACAUCUGAUUGAUAUGAUC